AUGGCCGACACUCCCAACGACAAUGGCACCCUUGCCGAGACGCCGAACGAAUCCUUUGUUCGCGACAGGGAUGCUCAUUUUGGGUCAUCGAGUGAUACUGACGUCGAGGUUGAGAACGUUGAUGAGGAGAGGGGCAAGGAUCAUAUCCAGAAACGCCUGACCUUGACGUUCCAGGAUGUGACUGUUCGAGUUACGGCCCCUGAUGAGGCAUUGGGAGAGACUCUUUGGUCGAGAGUUGAUCCUCGUCAGCUGGCAGGUCUGUUUAAGAGGAAUAAUCGGCCAAUGAGGACUAUCCUGAACGAGGUUUCUGGCCAAGUCAACCCUGGGGAAAUGCUACUGGUUCUGGGUAGACCUGGCUCGGGUUGUACAUCUCUCCUCCGUGUGCUCUCCAACCACCGAGAAGCCUUCCAAGAAGUCACCGGCCACACAAAGUACGGAAACAUGGAUCACAACCAGGCGAAAAAGUACCGACAACAGAUCGUCUUCAACACUGAAGACGACAUUCACUUCCCGACUCUCACCGUCAACCAGACCAUGAAGUUUGCUCUCCGAAACAAGGUUCCUCGAGAGAGGCCUGAGCAUGUGGAGAAGAAGCACCACUUUGUUCAAGAUAUGCGGAACCAUAUUCUUGACUCUCUAGGUAUCGGCCACACGCAAAAGACUUUGGUCGGCAACGAGUUCAUUCGUGGUGUUUCUGGUGGAGAGAGGAAGAGAGUCUCCUUGGCCGAAGUCAUGGCCAGCCAGAGCCCCCUACAGUUCUGGGAUCAACCAACCCGAGGUCUAGACUCCAAGACAGCUCUCGAAUUUGUCGAGACCCUCCGCCGUGACGCCGACCGAAACGGCAAAUCCGUGGUCCUGACAACCUACCAAGCCGGCAACGGCAUCUUCGACGCCUUUGACAAAGUCCUCGUCCUCGCCGAAGGCCGCGUAAUCUACUACGGCCUCCGCGCAGCCGCCAAGUCCUACUUUGAAGAAAUGGGUUUCGUCUGCCCCCGGGGCGCCAACGUCGCCGACUUUCUCACCUCGGUCACCGUCAAGACGGAGCGAGAGAUUGCCCCCGGCUUUGAAGGUCGCGUUCCCACCACGGCCGAGGAGUUUGAGGCUGUGUACAAGAGGAGUGAGGUUUGUCAGCUUAUGGCGAGGCUGGUGCAGAGGCCGGAGAAUAUGGAUGAUCAGGUUGAGGAUUUGAAGAUGGCUGUUGAGAGGGAGAAGAGGCAGAGGAGUUGGAGGAUUGGUAAGAGGGGUGUUUACACUGCUGGUCUUCGAGAGCAGGUCAUCAACUGCACCCAACGACAAUGGCAAAUCAUGAUGGGAGACCGUCUUUCCCUCUGCAUCAAAGUCAUCUCCGCCAUCAUCCAGGCCCUCGUCUGCGGCAGUCUCUUCUACAACCUCCCCCUAACCAGCGAAUCCAUCUUCCUCCGCCCCGGCGUGCUCUUCUUCCCCGUCCUCUACUUUCUCCUCGAGUCCAUGUCCGAGACGACAGCCUCCUUCAUGGGACGGCCAAUCCUGAUGCGGCACAAGCGGUUCGGCUUCUACAGACCCACGGCUUUCUGCAUCGCCAACGCCAUCACGGACAUCCCCAUCGUCAUGCUGCAGGUUACGUGCUUCUCGCUGAUUUUGUACUUUAUGAGUGCGCUACAGCUUGAUGCGGGAAAGUUUUUUACUUUCUGGAUUGUGGUGAAUGCGGAGACGCUUUGCUUUAUUCAGCUCUUCCGGGCGGUGGGAGCCAUGUUUAACCACUUUGGUCUGGCCAGUUAUAUCUCUGGACUGUUGUCGACAAUCUUCUUUGUCUAUGGAGGCUAUCUGAUUCCUUUCAGCAAGAUGCAUCCUUGGUUCCGCUGGAUCUUCUACCUCAACCCAGGUGCCUACGCAUUCGAAUCCCUCAUGACAAACGAGUUCCAAGGUCUCAGCCUUGAGUGUGUCGCUCCCCAGUACAUCCCCUUUGGACCCGGUUACGACAACCAGAGCCAAGAGUACCGCGGCUGCACUGUUCUCGGUAGUGAUGACUCUGGUAUGAUUGACGGUGUCACCUAUGUGCAACAACAAUACAGCUAUGCCGUCGGUCACAUCUGGCGAGGCUUUGGUAUCAUCAUCGGCUUCUGGUUUUUCCUCAUCGGUCUCACGGCACUCGGAUUCGAGCUUCGAAACAGCCACGGAGGGUCUUCUGUUCUGCUCUACAAGAGAGGUUCGCGAACAAAGAAGGUCUCUGAUCCUGAGAAGGAAGCUGGACGAAACAACGAGUCUCUGCAGUUGUCAACUCAAGCUACACGACAGUCAACUUUCUCGUGGCACAACCUGGAUUACUUUGUGCAGUACCAAGGUGCGCAGAAGCAGCUUUUGAAUCAGGUCUUUGGAUACGUGCAGCCUGGAAAUCUUGUUGCUUUGAUGGGUUGCUCAGGUGCCGGAAAGACGACACUUCUAGAUGUUCUCGCUCAACGCAAGGAUGCUGGUGAGAUCCGCGGCUCUAUUCUCAUUGACGGAAAGCCUCAGGGUAUUUCCUUCCAGAGGAUGACGGGAUACUGCGAGCAGAUGGAUGUCCACGAGGCUACCGCAACAGUUAAGGAAGCUCUUGUUUUCUCGGCUGUUUUGCGGCAGCCGAGGGAGAUCCCCUACAAGGAGAAGAUUGCCUACGUCGACCACAUCAUUGAGCUUUUGGAGCUGGAGGACAUUUGUGAUGCUCUUAUUGGAACUCCUGGUGCCGGCCUCAGCAUUGAACAGCGCAAGCGUGUUACUCUUGGUGUCGAACUGGUUGCGAAGCCGACUCUGCUCUUCCUCGAUGAGCCUACGUCAGGUCUGGAUGGCCAGUCCGCUUACAACAUUGUUCGUUUCAUGCGACGUCUCGUCGACGGUGGCCAAGCUGUUCUGUGCACAAUCCACCAGCCUUCUGCCGUUCUCUUUGAUGCUUUCGACUCUCUGUUGCUUCUGGCCAAGGGUGGACGGAUGGCCUACUUUGGCGAGACCGGCCAAUAUUCCAAGACCCUUCUUGACUACUUUGACAGAAACGGUGCUCCUUGCCCCGAAGGAGCGAACCCGGCUGAGCACAUCGUCGAGGUGAUCCAAGGCAACAGCGAAGUUGACGUUGACUGGGUUGACGUUUGGAACCAAUCUCCUGAGCGCACGAAAGCCCUUGAGAAGCUUGAAAAGUUGAACCAGGAAGCCAUCGCGAACACUCGGGACCAGGAAGAGGAUACCGCCAGCUUUGCCACGUCCAAGUGGUUCCAGUGGAAGACGGUCCUCCACCGACAGAUGAUUCAGCUCUGGCGAUCUCCGGAUUAUGUGUGGAACAAGAUCAACCUUCACAUCUUUGCCGCCCUCUUCAGCGGCUUCACGUUCUGGAUGAUUGGUGACGGAACUUUCGACCUGCAACUUCGACUCUUUGCCAUCUUCAACUUUAUCUUUGUUGCUCCUGGAUGUAUCAACCAAAUGCAGCCAUAUUUCUUGCACAACAGAGACUUGUUUGAGACGCGAGAGAAGAAGUCCAAAACCUACCACUGGAUUGCCUUUAUCGGAUCGCAGACUGUUGCCGAGAUUCCGUACCUCAUCAUCUGUGCCACUCUGUACUUUGCCUGUUGGUACUUUACAGCCGGCUUCCCAGUUGAGGCCAGGAUCUCGGGUCACGUCUAUCUCCAGAUGAUCUUCUACGAAUUCUUGUACACCUCCGUCGGACAAGCCAUCGCAGCAUACGCACCAAACGAGUACUUCGCCGCAAUCAUGAACCCCGUCCUCAUCGGCGCAGGAAUGGUAUCCUUCUGUGGUGUUGUAGUCCCCUACGACGCCAUGCAGCCGUUCUGGAAGUACUGGCUCUACUACCUUGACCCUUUCCACUACCUCUUUGGCGGUCUCAUGGGUCCCAUCAUCUGGGACGUCAAGGUCGAGUGCCGUCCUGAAGAGUUUACCAGCUUCAACGUGCCAGAUGGCCAGACGUGUGGUGAAUACGUGGCAGACUUUUUGAGUGCUAAUGCUGGAUAUGUGGCAAGUCCCAACGCCACUGGGAGCUGUGACUACUGCGCGUAUUCCACGGGUGCGGAGUAUGCAAAGACUUUCAACCUUCGCGAGGAGUACUACGGCUGGCGAGACACUGGAAUCACGGCUCUGUUCUGUAUUUCUUCCUAUGCUCUCGUCUUUUUGAUGAUGAAGCUGCGAAGCAAGAAGACCAAGAGUGCGCGGUCCGACUAA